AUGGAUAUUUUGCUGUGUCCAGCUUGCGAGCAAAAAUUUUCGCCAAUUGUCCGUCGGCCCUUGAUCCUCUCCUGUGGACAUACUCUUUGUCAACUCUGUCUAGAACGGCACCGGAAAAAUUGUGAAAAUGGUGAUCAAGACGUCGUUAGUGAGAACACGGUCAUCCUCCAGAUGCUGGGGGAAGGCUUGGAGCCUGGCGAGGCAGAUUACUCCAUUACUCUGGCCUAUCAACAAAUCUGCUCUUUCGCGACCAUGACACGAGCUGGAGGCAAUACAGCACCGAUUCCCAACCUGAGUCGACCGAUGCAGCGGAAACUACUUGCCCUGGUCAACUCGAACCUCGAUGAUCAGUUCGGGCGGCAGAAGGCACUCAAAGCCGCUCGGUCAUUGGCAGAGCGAUCACUUGUAGAGAUCAUCCUAGAACAACAAUCUUCGGGUCAGCUCACCGCUUCCCUCUGGGCCGCUGUUCGCGCCCGCGGCUGCCAAUUCCUCGGUCCUGCUAUGCAGGAAGAGGUAUUGAGACUCGUGCUUCUGGCUCUGGAAGACGGUUCGGCCCUCUCGCGGAAGGUAUUGGUGAUGUUUGUAGUCCAACGAUUAUCGGUCAUAUUUCCACACGCCUCGAAAACUUCGAUCGGACAUGUUGUUCAACUGCUGUACCGUGCUUCGUGUUUCGUGGUGGCCAAGCGAGAUGGUGACUCUUCAUUGAUGCAACUCAAGGAGGAGUUCCGGACGUACGAGGCGCUGAGACGAGAGCACGAUACGCAAAUCGUUCAAAUCGCCUGCGAGGCUGGACUUCGCAUCGCUCCCGAACAAUGGUCGAGUUUGCUAUACGGAGACAGUACGCAUCGAUCGCAUAUGCAGAGCAUCAUCGACAAACUCCAGUCCCCCCAAACGUUGGAGCAAACUUCGAAAGAACUCAUGUCUCUCGCCGCCCGAGGCAACUACGGCCUCACAUCACUCCUCCACGUCAUCCAGCAGCCGAUUAAGAUUCUUGAGUGGAACGUCGAGAAAAUGGCGUCAUCCGGAAAAUCUGUCCUCGAUUUCAUCACGGCAGCCUUGACUGUCGUGGACUGUUGCCUCCAAUUGAUGCAGCAUAAGAACCAGAUUCCAAUUCAGCAAGCUACUCUCGCCCAUACGGCUUAUAAAUACAGGGUUAAUCUCUGCAGAGAUAUGAACAAUUUCGGGGGCUGCCCCAGAGGGAGCGCAUGUACUUUCGCUCAUUCUCUCAGAGAACAAGAACAUUUUAGAAUGAUGAGUAAAUCCCAUCCUUUGUCACAAGUCAGUCAUCACGACGGUCACUGAUGCAGGAGUUGGAUAUCCUCAGAGUCUGAAUCGACCUCCACUAAGUAGUCUCGUAUGUUCCGCCCCGAGCACCGGACGUCUGAGAGCCGAGCCGCAAACCGCGUCGCAGAUCUAGGAGUCGAAGCCUCCUUCAGGCAACGCUCAUAGUAGUGACGCUACAAGAAACAACACGGCAGGAGAGCGGAACUUGAAGGAAUUUCCCGCAAG